UUAGGAAGAAAACACUAAAUGAGUCAAGUUUAUAAAGUUGUUGUAUUUGUAAACAUAUCGUAUUAGUUAUUUAAAAACCAUACAACAGCCAAGAUGAAAUCAAUUCAGUUUGUUUUAGCCGGUGUUCUAAUAGUAUUGAGUCACGUUCAAAUGAGUGCAGCACAAGGUCAAGGAGGUUGGGGAGGUAAUAAUGGCGGCAGUGCUGGUUCCUGGUCUAGCGCCAACAGCCAAUCUGGACAACCUGGUUCUAAUGGCAACAGUCAAAUGAGUUAUGGUUAUGGUGGUAUAGACGCUAAUGGUGUUCCCUAUGGUGGCUCUGGCGGUAAUGGUGGCUUUCAUGUAAAUGUAACCGAUGAACAUGGUCGUCAACAUUCAUAUAGUGGUGGCCAAGGAGGUUUUGGUGGUCAACCCGGCCAGACUGGACAACCAGGACAACCGGGUUACACCGGUACACACAGUUACUCUAGUACCAAUACAAAUCGUCCCGGCAAUCAAAAUUCAGCAUCUUCAUCAGCCUACGCUUCUGCUUGGAGUACUUUUUAUGUCAUUGGUUUGUUUGCAUUGUUCUUAAUAAUUAAAUCCUAAACAUUAGAAUUUCACAAUAUAGUGUAAAUUUAAAUGAUUAUUAAUAUUACUCAGUAUAUGUAUAAUAAGUGCUCGUUUUGUUGACCUUUAUGUUCGUUUGGAGCAAAAAGUUAUUAUUUUUCUUUUGUAAAUAAUAAAAAUUAAAAAAAAAAUUAAA